AGAAAUGUUUGAAAGUUUGUCGGCUAUAAUCAACACAAAAUUAGAUUAUUGAAUUGAUCAAAUAAUAUUGUAGAAAGAUGAAAUACCUAGUUUCUUGUUUAAAUUUAUUUUACCUUCCUUAAUACUAACCCUUCGUAAUUAGGUACCUAGACUAGUGUGUUUACAUAUUUAUAAUGGGUUCACUUUUAUCAAGUUCAAAUUCUGGAAAUAUUGAUCCAAUGGCUCAACAAUUUGUAAGGGAAACUAUUGAGAGUGAUCGUGUUGUGAUCUUUUCCAAAUCUUAUUGCCCUUAUUGUACGACAGCUAAAAAGCAAUUUAAAAAGUUAAAUCAAGAUUAUUUAACAAUAGAACUAGAUGGACGUCCUGAUUGUCAAGCUAUUCAAAAUGUUCUAGGAGAAAUGACCGGUGCCAAAACAGUGCCAAGAGUGUUUAUCGAUGGUAACUUCAUAGGUGGUGGUGACGACUGUAAGCGAUUGUACGAAAAUGGUCAAUUGGAAAAAAUGCUCGCAUAAUCUCAAACU